UUGCUUUUUCCUCCCCCCCCCCCCCCCCCCCCCCACCACCACCACGCGAGGGCGGCCAGACGGCGGCGUCCGGCCCGAGGAGAGGCUCCGACGUCGGGGACUCCGGUCGGUCCGAGCAACGCUCAUCGUCUGCGGCCCGCUUUUGGGGAGACCUCCGUUGGGAAGAUGAAGCGCGUCAAGCGGCGCCUCUCCCAGGCGUUACGAGGGAGCCACACCAUCGACGAGUCGCUCUCGGAGCUGGCCGAGCAGAUGACGGUCGGGGAGAACGCGCUCAAGGACGGCGAACCCGUCGUGAAGAACGGCCGCCCUCCGUCGGUGCACAGCGUCCACUCCUUCCUGCAGCAGUACGCGGGCUCCUUUAAGAAGCCGCCGCUCCGACGGCCUCACAGCGUCGCCGGCGGAGGCCCCGGCUCGCUCGCGGCGAUUCCUCGCCACGGCGGUCGCCUCGAUAUCGUCCACGAGAACCUGAAGAUGGGGUCCGACGGGGAAAGCGACCGAGCGUCCGGUGCGUCCUCGGAUGAGGUCCAGUCGCCCGCCGGCGUUUGCCUGAGGAGCAGAACCAACCGACGCAUUUCGGCAGAGGACCUGAACAAGCGUCUGUCGCUGCCCGCCGACAUCCGGAUACCCGACGGCUACUUGGAGAAGUUGCAGCUGAGCGGCCCGUCGUUCCACCAGCCGCUGAGUCGACGCUCCCGCAGGGCUUCGCUGUCAGAGAUCGGAUUCGGGAAACUGGAGACCUACAUCAAACUGGACAAGCUGGGAGAGGGCACAUACGCCACAGUCUAUAAGGGGCGGAGCAAGCUGACUGAUAACCUGGUGGCUCUGAAGGAGAUCAGGUUGGAGCACGAGGAGGGGGCGCCGUGCACGGCAAUCCGAGAAGUUUCGCUCCUGAAGGACUUGAAGCACGCCAACAUUGUGACGCUUCACGAUAUCGUGCACACGGAGAAGUCGCUCACACUGGUAUUCGAGUACCUGGACAAAGACCUCAAGCAGUACAUGGACGACUGCGGGAACAUCCUGAGCAUGCACAACGUCAAGCUUUUUCUCUUCCAAAUCCUGCGAGGGUUGGCGUACUGUCACCGGCGUAAAGUUCUCCACCGAGACUUGAAGCCCCAAAACCUGCUGAUCAACGAGCGCGGAGAGCUGAAACUGGCCGACUUCGGUCUCGCCAGGGCCAAGUCGGUGCCGACCAAAACGUACUCCAACGAGGUGGUGACCCUGUGGUACCGCCCCCCCGACGUGCUGCUGGGCUCCUCCGAGUACUCCACGCAGAUCGACAUGUGGGGCGUGGGCUGCAUCUUCUACGAGAUGGCCGCGGGCAGGCCCUUGUUUCCCGGCUCCACCGUUGAGGAUGAGCUGCACCUCAUUUUCAGGCUGCUCGGCACCCCCACGGACGACAGCUGGCCCGGAAUUUCUUCUGUGGAGGACUUCAAGUCCCACAAAUUCCCAAAGUACAAGACCCAGCUGCUCAUUAACCACGCCCCCAGGUCCGCUUUGAGGCGGAAUUCAGGCCGAGUGGGCCGCAAUGUCCGUUUCUCAUUUUUCUCCCGUCCCAAAGUCGAAGACAGCUGGAAGGGGGCACUUCCUCCGUUUCCCCCCCCAAAGCAAUUUUUAUUUUUUUGGGCCCUGGACGUUGGCCGUCCGGCACCAGGAGAGGCGGAAGAGCGGCCUGUCAAGAUUGGACACGGACGGCGUCGACCUGCUGACGUCGUUCCUCCGAGUGAGCGUCGCCGCGAGCUUCCGGGAAAACGCGGCAACGAGGCCGCGAUUGACGCCGCUUUUGCUUGUUCUCGCGGGUCGCAGUACGAGUCGAAAAAGAGGAUCUCCGCAGACGAAGCCGCGAGGCAGCCGUACUUCGGGAGUUUGGGGCCUCGGCUUCGCGCGCUGCCGGAGAACGUCUCCAUCUUCACCUUGAAGGAGGUCCGGCUGCAGAGGGACCCCGGCUGCCGGAGCUCCUCCUUCCCCGAGUCAGCUAACGGGAAGAGCAGAAGACAAAGCUUGCUGUUUUAGGCUUUGGACUGUCCUUGUUUCGGGUCAUUCAGGGAGAAUUUCUUGAGCGCGACGGUCUCCUUGCUGGAUGCCGGUGAAGCAUCAUCAUCAUCAUCAUCGUCGUCGUCUUCAGCAGCAGGCCUUCAAAACCACUACACCCCCCCCGCCCCCGACUUAUCCAAGGUUUGGUCUCAACGUGGCCCAACAGAUGUUUCUAUUCUAUAUUUAUUAAGACGACAAAGUGCUGCUAAAAAUCCGACUACUGUUAAGAAUUCUGUCACUUUAAGAAGAACACGCAGUGUGUAUAAAUUUUUAAUCUUU